CCUACGCGAUCUGGUGGUUCCUGGUCUUCCUCGGCCACCGUAGCGUGGCUGGGCGGCCCCUGGCCGCCGGGGCUCGGGGUUCCUUGUGGACUUGAGGAAGCGGGGCCGGGCCGGGCCGAGCAGAGCCGGGUCUCCACGGCCGUCAUGGGCAAUUUGUUCGGCCGCAAGAAGCAGAGCCGGAUCACUGAACAAGACAAAGCCAUCCUGCAAUUGAAACAACAACGGGAUAAGUUGAAGCAGUACCAGAAGAGGAUUACCCAGCAACUGGAAAGGGAAAGGGAGAUUGCUAGACAACUUCUUCGUGAUGGAAAGAAAGAAAGGGCAAAGUUAAUCCUUAAGAAGAAGCGUUACCAGGAACAGCUCUUAGAUAAGACAGAAAACCAAAUCACGAAUCUGGAAACAAUGGUUCAGAAUAUUGAGUUUACCCAGAUUGAAAUGAAAGUGAUUGAAGGCCUGAAGUUUGGAAAUGAGUGUCUGAAUAAAAUGCAUCAGGUCAUGUCCAUAGAAGAAGUGGAAAGAAUAAUGGAUGAAACCCGGGAUGCUGUAGAGUAUCAGAAGCAAAUUGAUGAUCUCUUGGCUGGCAGUUUUACUCAAGAAGAUGAAGAUGCUAUUUUAGAAGAACUAGAAGCGAUCACUCAGGAACAGAUAGAGCUUCCAGAAGUUCCUUCAGAACCUCUAUCAGAGAAGAUUCCAGAGAAAGAACCCAUCAAGACGAGGGCAAAACAGCCAGAAAUGGUGGCAGCAUCUUAACCUUCUUUAUUCCCCAACUGGGGCCUUGAAGGGACUUCCUAAGAAACUGUGACUCCUGAAGGGUUUGGGUUCUCAGUCCCAGGAAUGGGCAUGCCCUGGAACUCUCCUAGAUUGGACAGGGCAGAGCAAAGCAAAGUGGACAGGGGAAUGCUGACUGAUCAGCAGUACAUUUAUUGCUCUUGUAUCAAGAUUUUUUUUCUAGAGCAUUUUUUUUUCCUGGUACUUUAAAGUCUAAACGCACUUUAGUAGUGCUGUCUCUCUCAUUUCUGGAUUAAAUGGUGACUUGCAAACUUUUCAAGCCAAAUGCUGUUGACAAAGGUUGUGAUUUCCAUAAUGGUCAAGCCCCAUCACAACACUCUUGGUGCUGUAUUUCCACUACCUAUCCUGGACCUUGUGAUGUGCUUCAAGACUCCCUUCUGUAGGCCUUUUCUAGGGUUUGGCUGCAUUGGAAAGGAGCUCUUCCUUGAGUAGUCCCACCCAAGAGGAAAGAUCAUUUGAUUUGGGUUUCUAUUGGAUUCUUUGUGGAAGUAGAGGAAGGAAGGCCAGAAGAAGUCCCUAUAAACAGCAACUUUUUGUGCUACUCUUCUUAGCAACUUCAUCCUCUCACUUUAGGACAGCAGCAUGUUCAAAUCUGGGUCAGCUUCUCCUCACUGAACCAAAAGGUAAAACUCUUAAGAGGGAGAAUAUAGACUUUAGUUUCAUUCCUGUUAUUGGUUUUAUUGUGUUGUUUAAAUUGGGACUGUGUUGGGGAGAUUAUCACUGGUCUUUUAAUAGGAUUUCCAAAAAUGUACCUGAAAGAUUCCAAAGUGUGGUAGAAUAGAUUGUACUUCCAGCAUGAAAGUUUUUACCUAUGAAAACCUAUGAUUUUGGGUCUAUUCUAACUAUUUUCAAACCCUAAGAUUCACCUAAAAUAUUCAUUUCCUUAAAUUCAACUGCUAUAUUCUCCCUGCCAUAACACUAAUCUGCUUCUGAAGUGAGAUGGGAAUUCCCUCAAACCGUUUGCUUAGUUCCUAUUUUUAUAUUAGACAUUGGAUCUGAGAUUUGACUUUAUUCUUCAUUUGAAAUGAGCAGGAACAAAGAUCCUAGCAGAAGAACCUUCUGAUGAUGGUUCUCAACAUAUUUCCCCUAUAAUCUCUCCUUCCUUCAAAAAAAAAGAGGAAAAAAUAUCUAGCAUUAUUCUAAUCUCAUCUCUGAUAAGGGUAGGAUGAGAUUGGAUUUUUGCCUCUGUGGAACUUGGAGUGGAAUGUGCCUUGGGGCUUGAAGUUUCCUUUUAGAAAGGCAUGUGGAUAAGAGAAUUAGUCUGGCAACAGAGGUUAGGAGGUGGAUUCUGAUAAAUAUUAUUGUUAUUUGGCUGUAAUCACCUUGGCACAGUCAUGAAUUUGAAUCUUUUUCUCCAUAAGUACGUUAUUCUGUGAUCCCCACAACUUUGAUCCUCAAGAUACCAGAAACCUUGUGGAAAUAAGGCAGAUAGCGUAUGUCAUGCCCUAAAUGGUUUAAAAUCAAAACCAAGGGUGCCUGGGGUGCGCAGAUUAGCCAUUGGGGAGGCUGGUCCCUUUUGCUACAAAGGGAAUCCUUGCCUGGCUAACUCCAACUGAAGCCUUCCACCUCCCUGUCUCUUGCUCAGUGACAGAAGCAUUGAUCCAGAGCCAGGGAAUCUCUAAGGCUGCCUCCCUCCUCCCUCUCCCCCCUCUCCCCCCCAACUUCAUUUCACAGAUGAAGGGACUGAGACCUGAGGGGCUAAGUGAGGUCCUGGGCGCCAGCAAAUGAUUGAAUUUGGGAUCUCUUGACAGCGGAGAGCGGCUGUUUUCCCCAUACCACCGAAGUACAAUGCAGUACUUAAAGUGCUUUUCUUGGAGCUGAGGGUCAAGUGACUGGUUGGGUUUUGUAGAACAGAAGUAGAAUCAUAGGGUUUCACAAUUAUAAGGGACCUUUGGAGAUUGUCUGUUUCAUGUUACCUAAAAAAGGAUCCUUAUUUCAACAUACUCCAUUAAGGCCUCUACUUGGGGACCUUCAGUGGUAGGUAGUUCACUGCCCUCAAGGAAACUCCUCCUACUUAUGGUCAGCUCUGUGUGGGUCAGAAACCAUUUAAUAAAACAACUGGAUAGAUCUCUAGAAGCAAAGCAAAGUUCAUUUACAUUCUCGAGAACAGGCGUCCCAUCCAUCGAGCAGACAAUCAAGGGAGGAGACAUUGUAGGGGGCAGGGUCGGGGCUUUUAUCCCUAACGCAAAUUUCCCCUCCCACCACUGACCCUCAUCCUUAUUGGCUGAGGAUCUUACAUUCUAAACACGGGAACUAUCCAAGAAAUUGAACUUGACCAACAAGUACAUAGUUGCCCAUAUUUGGCUGAAAUAGGGAGGAUAACAGGAAGGGAGCUUAAGUGUGCCCUUAGAGGGAUAGCAGGGAGGAGACUUUAAGUCUUUAAGAAGAUAGCAGGAAGGGGCUUCUGUCUUUAAGACAGCAGGGAGGAGACACUUUAAGUAUGCUCUUGACUUAAUGCUUAAAGUCCUUCAGGCCUACUCAGACUUUGAAAUAGAUGAAGCCUUACUCGAUUUUCACAACUGUCUUGAAAGAUCUCACUUUAUCUCGUUCAGCUCUGAGGGUUAAACAGCUCUGCAUGGAGCCUAAGUUGGUCUUUUAACCCUUUGCCCCUAUCCUACCCUCUGAGACCAAGAACAAGCUUAAUCAUGGGUCCACACGAUAGUCCUCAAGGUGACUAUCAUGUUCCUUACCCCCAAGGCUUUUGUCAUUUAGGCUAAUAAACCUCUCUGGUCACUUUAAUCCAUAUAUGUCAAGACAAGGAUUAAAGCCUUUUGACAACUUGUUCAUCCUCUAGAUUCUCUCCAGAUCAUGUCCCUCUUAAACAUUUUUCCUGUAGUAAGGAUACUUAGCAGUGGUGGAAUGGGGCUGCAUUUUAGGCUUUUUCCAGAAAAAUGAAUUCUUGGGGAUUAUCACUUACCUCCUGCUGCCCCAGUUACCCUAGCUGUAAAAUGACCUUUGCCAAUUCUCCCAGCUCUGUGAUUGAGUUGAUCCAUGCCUCAGCAGUUAAUUCAAUUAGCCAGAGUUGUUGGGAAAAGCAGGUUUGGAUGCUGAGGUCCAUGUAUGAUCCUAACCCCUCAUUUUAGGUGAGUGUCAGUCUUCCCACCAAACUCCUUCCAGAACUUCUAAUGGGUGCGCACAGAACAGAACAGAGCAGAUAGGAAUUUUCUUUUCUCUCUCCAUCCUAUCACCCGAAGAAACAGGGAUCAUGAGAUCCUAGAACUGAAGGGACCUAGAAGUCCUCUCAUCUAUCCCCCUCAUUUCUCAAAAGAGGACACAGAAUCUAGUGAGUUGCCUACUAAAUAGCAAGGCAGGAUUUGAACCCAGGUAAUGCAUUCAUUCCACUCUGCUGCACAACAUCCCUUCAGGGAGAAGGUUGCAAAAAAGCCAUGAGUCUGGAUAGUUCAUCUAGUAGGUAACAGCCAGUCCCAAGCCUCUGAAAAUGGCCUGUCUCUCUACAGCAGAGGAGUAACUCCUUUUGAUUUCAGGCUUGGAGAUGAGGUCAUUAAGGAUCAUCUACUCAUACUGCUAAAAAGGGAAUGGCGCAAGGAAGUGGUUAAUGGAGCCAUCCCUCAUGUCCUACCUGCUGUCACUGAAACACUAAUAAAUUCCAUUUGCCUGAGACUUACAGCAGCCAGUUUUCAAGGGCUUGCCUAGUUUCCUGUUCUAACCUCUGUACCAAACAGAUUGUACUGUGUAUAUCCUUGAGAGAAGAAGCCGAAUGUGUUGUGAUCUUCAUGAUAUGUUGUAACAAUAAAGUAUUUUUAAUGGUUUCAUCA